AGGGACAUUUAAAGUUUAAAGGGCCCCACUGGACAGCUGGGUGUGUCCGUGCAGCGUGGGAGUGUGCACGAGUGCAUGUGUGCUGUUUAAUGAGUCCUGCAGCUCGGAGUGUCUCACACCGUGAGGACUGAGGGACCUGAGGACAUUCACCAUCUCUUAUCAAAUCACUGCGUCUUCACAGCUCAAACUUCUUCUCCUUCGUCAGAUCUGAAUCCUCAGGACGUUUUCUCCUCCAGCAGAUUUCCGCGUUGUGUUUGUCGUUCCUCCACCAUGGGAGCGUUCAUCGCCAAGAUGCUGCUGCCCACCGUCAGCAGCACGGUGUUCCUCCCUGCAGCCAGCGUCGCCGCCAAGAGGGGCUUCCACAUGGAGGCCAUGGUCUACUUCUUCACCAUGUUCUUCACGGCGAUCUAUCACGCGUGUGAUGGACCAGGUCUCUCCAUCCUGUGCUUCAUGAGAUACGACGUCCUGGAAUACUUCAGUGUUUACGCCACGGCCCUCUCCAUGUGGGUCACGCUGAUAG